ACACACACACACACACACUCCUGUACAGACACACCACACAUCUCACACACACACACACACUCCUGUACAGACACUCAUACACCACACAUCUCUCUCACAUACACACACGCCCCCUUCGUUAAAACACAGCACAGAGUGACGUGAUUUUACGUAGCACGUGUACAGGGGCUCGUUCACGUGGCGGGGACGCGCGGACACGAGAGCGAGCGCUUGUAAAGAAUGUGAGCGGUUUUUCUGCGGCUUUAAACAGUGAUGGAGAUGGAGGUGGAAUCAGCCGACAGUGUGAUCCGGCUGAUCAUGCAGUACCUGAAGGAGAACAAUCUGCCGCGCACACUGGCCACGCUGCAGGAGGAGAGCACGGUGGUGUUGAACACAAUCGACAGCAUCGAGAGCUUCAUGGAGGACGUGAACAGCGGCCGGUGGGACGCAGUGCUGCGAGCCAUCCAACACCUCAAACUACCUGACAAGCUGCUCAUCGACCUGUACGAACAGGUCGUACUGGAGCUGAUGGAGAUGAAAGAACUCGGAGCCGCCACUUGUUUACUGACUCAGACGGACCCCAUGAUCAUGCUGAAACACACUCAGCCUGAACGAUACACCAAGCUGGAGACUCUGCUCUCAAACAAGUUCGACCCCGACGAGGUUUACCCAGGAGGCAGCAGUAAAGAGAAGCGCAGGAUGGACAUCGCUCAGGCUCUGGUUGGAGAAGUCAGCGUGGUUCCCCCAUCUCGUCUCAUGGCUCUGCUCGGACAGGGCCGUUUAUGUGAGAGCGCUCUGUACAGGUUACAGGAGACCAAAGCGCUGAGGCAGUUCGGAUCAUUAGCCAUGUUGUCACUGAAGUGGCAGCAGCACCAGGGUCUCCUGCCCCCUGGGAUGUCCAUAGACCUGUUCCGGGGCAAAACCAUGAUGAAGGACCUGGAUGAAGAGCGCUUCCCCACACAGCUCAGCCACCUCCUAAAGUUUGGCCCUAAGUCACAUGUGGAGUGCGCUCGCUUCACACCAGAUGGUCAGUAUCUGAUUACAGGAUCAGUGGAUGGAUUUAUCGAGGUUUGGGAUUUCACCACAGGGAAAAUCUGCAAGGAUUUAAAGUACCAGGCUCAGGAUAAUUACAUGAUGAUGGCUGAGGCGGUUCUUUGCCUGGCUGUGAGUCCCGACAGUGAGAUGGUGGUGUCCGGGGCUCAGGACGGGAAAAUACAGCUGUGGAGGAUUCGUAACGGUCAGUGUCUGCGUAAAUUUGAACGCCCCCAUGGGAAAGCAGUCACCUGCCUCUGCUUCAGCAGAGACAACAGUCGGCUCCUCAGCGGCUCCUUCGACCAGAUUAUCAGACUUCAUGGACUGAAAUCAGGAAAGAUGCUGAAGGAGCUCCAAGGUCACACAUCCUGCAUAAAUGACGUCAUCUUCUCACACGACGGCCAGUUUGCCAUUAGCGCCUCAGCAGAUGGCACAGUGAAGAUCUGGAACGUGAACACAGCAGAAUGCACCAUCACCAUCAAAACUCCUGAUGUUCCAGAAGGAUCCGACAUCACAGUGAACAAUGUUGUCCUGGUGCCCAAGAACCCAGAGCACUUUGUGGUGUGUAACAGGACCAGCACAGUGGUGGUCAUGAACGUCCAGGGCCAGGUACUGAGGAGUUUUAGCUCAGGAGUGAGGGAGGGAGGAGACUUUGUGUGUUGCACCUUGUCUCCUCGUGGAGAGUGGAUCUACUGCGUGGGAGAAGAUUACGUGCUUUACUCGUUCAGCACCAUCACUGGGAAGCUGGAGAGAACUCUGACGGUGCACGAGAAAGACGUGAUUGGCGUAACGCACCACCCUCAUCAGAACCUGAUCGCCACCUACAGCGAGGACGGCCUGCUGAAGCUCUGGAAACCGUGAACGUUUCUCAUCCAAUGAACUCUACAGUCAUUAUUCCUGCUGAUACCGUGAUACAUCUGUACAUCCAGAUGUUUGGAGUCAUGCAUCAGUUUUCAGGUUUGAGAAUCUUCCAUUCCAGAGAUCACUACGAUUCACUACAGACUUGAUCUUCACCUGUAAUAUGUCCGAGUCACACUGAUCUUAUUGUGUCCCUGAAACUAAACACUCAGUGGUUCAUUUCUGAUUUGCAUGAAACUGAACUAUAACUGCGAUCAUUUUCCUUUGAAAUUCAGGUGCGACUAUCAGUCAAUUUCUUCUCCAAAACAAAGAAGGGUUAGACACUAAAGAUGGUAUUUUAUCUUUCCUCUGCUCUAUAAACACUGCAUGAUCAAAUCCACACGCUGUUCGUGACCCUCCGUAGUGUGUAUUAUAUCAGUAUCUGCAUGGCAGCGGCGUCUCUGUCACUAACGUCCGGCCGAAGCUGCGGUGGGAGAUUUAAGUGGAAUUCUUCAGACUUGAGGUUGUUUUAACCCGCGACACUAAUGUAGCUAAGGAAAAGCACUCGGUUUCUUUUACACUGAGGGAUUUUAGUGGGAAAUUAAAAAGAACAGAAAAGCACUGAGUGACUUUAAACACUUUUUACCUCCUGACCAAUCAGAGUGCAAGUUGAUGGGAAAAGUGGGUAGGGCUUUCACAGGUUCAGUUAAUAUAUGAGAGUUCAAAGCUGUCAAUCAUUCCAGAUUCUUUAUGUUGAUUGGCUCAUGUGCUGUUCUGACCUGAUGACAUUAUUGGACACAUUGGCGGCUCGGAGGGGAUCACAGUGUCUCCGGAGCCUCGAGGCAAAAUACAGUAAAGUCGCAGGUCUGAGUCUGUAUCUGAUGUGACUCCUUAACAUUCAGUCAGGUUUUUCUUUCCAAGUUUAUUGAUGACCAACAACGUCCUCUCCUAGUUAGUUAGUUAGUUAAUUAGUUAGUUAGCCGAUACUAGCAUGGAGUGCUAGUAGCGUUGUUAUGGUUACAGUGUUAUCGUCAUGGACAUUUUUCUCCCUUCUCUUUUCGAAAGCCGCGCCGCAGAGCAGGAGUUCGAUGCGAGAACUGAUCUGGACACGUAAGGUUUAAUGUAUUCAGGUGUGAAAGAUCGGUGUGUUUUAACACUCAACUCACAUUUACGUAGAAAACGACAUUGUUUCUUUAACAAUGGAAGCUGUAGCUCAGUGGAUAAGGUGUUGGACCACUGAUCAGGAGGUCAUGAGCCACUGCUGGGCCCCUGAGUGAGGCCCUUAACCCUCAAUCGCUUAGUUGUAGAAACUGAAAAGUCACUGUAGAUAAAGGAGUGUGCUACAUGACAGAAAUGGUACUAAAUAUAUACCUGUUCGGUGAGAGAUGUGUAUCAGGUCAAUAUUGUGCUUCUAUCUAUCUAUUUAUUUAUUUAUUUCUCUCUAACAGUCAGGAAUGUUCUGGAUUCUUUGUGUUCAGUGGGUUCAGGUGAUUUUACUGUGUAAACGCAUUAAGUGUUGUUGGUUAAACGCAGCAAAUUUUCUUCCUGCUCUCGAUGUGACGACACUUUUAACUUGUUCUCGACCACAGCAUCAUCCAGCGUGUGAACAUUCAGUGUUCUGCAUUAUUGUCCUGAUUAUUUUUAUGGCCUAAAAUAAUAUAACUGUAUACUUUUGGUGUAUGAAAUAAAU